GCGUAUCUACGUGCGUGAACGGGUGUGCGUGCACCUGUGUACCUGUGUACAUUUAGUCAGGUGUAUCACCUUGAUCGCUAGUCGAAUCACGGACGCGCGCGGCCCGAUACCCGCGACAUUCUUGUCGCUCAGUCGCUAUUCGAGACGUAUACGUAUAGCAUGGAGAAAUGUCGAGGGACGGUAGAAAAGAUUUUUCGACAAACCCGGAGGUUGAGCAGUUGUUAUCCGGCGAGGCGCGCAACGACGUGUCGGACAUACGUGUGAGACUUGAGCCAGACGAGCGGUUAUCCGUCAACGAGUUGUAUCUUCAAGGUGGCGUUCCAUCGUCGCUUCAGAAUAAAUCCGUGGCAUUAAAUCAUAACGCAUACAUAGCGGAAAGCUCGAACGGCCCGACCGCCGUGAUAACGCCGAUUAUCGCAAACGGCAACGACAGUAAUGGCGAUCCGCCGCCUUACGUCACGAUCCCGCCGCCUUAUAGCGCGAUCGCGCCACCAGAUCACAUCGGUUGGCCGUACGGGCUUUUCCCAUUCGGCGAUUCGUAUUCCACGGACGGGACGACUCGUAGGAUGGAAAUACCGUUAACACCUUACCAAGCCUGUCUGCCACCGGCCACGAGUUUCCAUCCCGAAGGGAUUAAUGGUCAAUACGCGCCGUAUCCGAUGCCCUUAAUGCCUUACCGGUUCUUCAAGUUUGGUUGCCGUAGGAACUCUUUCGCGUCGAGGGAAACGGCGGACGACGAGAUCGCAGACAAAAUCGAAGAUAGAAAAUCACGAAAAUACGGCGCUAUCCUCGUGGCAGCGGCGGUCAUUAUCUUUGUCAUGGCCUUAUCCUUGAUGGUUCGCUUCAUUAUGGAAAAGAGCUGGUGGCGAAGAUAACUCAUCGAUGGAAUCUAUGUUUACUACGGAAGUGAUAAAUUCUGACUUACGAGAUAUUAUUAAUUAACGAUUUAAUAAAAAUUGAUUAAUCCGACGUAAUAUCUGCUUAAUCAGGAUAUAUAUUUCCGGAGAUGUCGAAAUGGAAUCUCAAAGAGCUCUCGAGAGAAUUUUUCCUUGUCUCAUUUUUUAUUUCUCUCAUCUAUUACAUUAUGUAACAAAAAUAUAUUUAUUGCUUCAUUAUUGAUUAAUAUGUUCUGUAUUGUCAAUUUUAUAUACAUAUUUUCUUCAAACUUUUUUUCGCGACAAGAUAAUAAUAUGAAAAUAUUCUAAAAUUCAUUUCAUUUUAUUGUGCGAUAAUAUGAUUUGUUAGGGAAUAAAAUUUACAUGUAACACAAGUACUAGAGAAAUGAAAUAUCUUGUUGCGUUUGCCACUCAUAUUAUGAUUACUCUAUGCUUAUUAUAAAUGAAAAAAAUACAUUUUGAUACAACUAUAGACGAGGAACAAUUUUCUUUAAGUUAAUUGAAAUAAUAGUACAUUUUUAGAAAUUAUUAUUAUUAUCAGGAUCUACUUUAAAUUGAGGAAUGGAUGUUGAAUUUUAUAACUAUGAUAUUAAGUAUCUUUGUAUGUUCAUUGUGAUUUGUGUUAUAUUAUUAAGUAUGCCAUAUAUGUAGCUUAAUUAAUUUAUUAAUUUCUUUAUGUAAUUUAUAAAUCUGUAAUUGAAAUGACGUUGGCGACGUUGUA